UUGGAUCAAAAAUAUCUAGCAAGGUAGCUUACGAUGGAUGGUGAAUUGUAUUAUGCUGCAAUUGAUGGAUUAAGCGACCACAAUCUGUUUGGUGAUGUAGACAACAUCAGAUCCCGCGGCCAAAACAACACUAUUCUUCAUAUAACAGCUAAAUCUGGGAAGCUAAGGCGACUUGAAGAAGAUGAUUAUCUUCUGCGUUUUCUUUACGAGCAAAACAAUGAAGGAAACACUCCACUUCACAUUGCAGCAAAACUAGGGCAUUUGGACACUGUAAGAAUUCUAGUGGAAAUGGCGAAAAAGACAGAUGUUGAGCAAAGCAAGAGUCUAUUGACAUUGAAGAAUAAUAAGAAAGAUAUAGCGCUCCAUGAAGCUGUUCGCUAUAAUCACUUGGAGGUUGUCAAGUUACUACUUAAAGAAGACCCUGAUUUGGCGUCCAUAGUAAAUGGCGAAGGAGACUCUCCUCUUUUCAUGGCAGUGGAUAGACGCUUUGACCAAGUGGCCCUGCAUAUCCAAAACAAUGCUCCAAAGUGCUCUCGCCAAGGAAGGAAUGGCAUGAACGUCUCGCACGUAUACACCAUUCGCUCCAAAAGACGCCAUGUGUCUUUAACUUUGGAAGAGAGGUUUUCAGUAUCGCCGAGUGUUUGGAUUAUGCUGCGAAGUGAUGGGAUUAUCGAUUAUUUACUGUCAAGCAAAAUCAUACGUAGAUUUUUCUCCUCACGUGACAUCGAAAAGAGAGAUGAUGGGUUUCAGGCUCUGGAAAAACAACAGGAUUCAGAACUAGAACAAGCUGAUGAUUUUGGAUGGACUUCUCCUCACUAUGCCGCACAUAUUGGCAACGCGGUACUUGUUGAACAAUUUUUGAAGAAAGAGAGUAAGAGCCUUCCUUUCUCAAAGAACGAAGAAGGUAUGUCUGCCCCUCACAUUGCAGCAAGAAAGGACAUGAUGCUGUCAUUAGAGUGCUGAUAAAAAGCUGUCCAGAAGUUUGUGAGUUGUUGGAUAACAACGGUCGGACAGCUCUUCAUAUUGCGGUGGAAAGUAGAAAGGUAAUGGCGGUGAAAUUUCUCCUAGAUCAGGCCAUGGCAUUUCGGGAUCUUAUAGAUCUCCAAGAUAACAAAGGAAAUACAGCUUUGCAUGUAGCCGCUACUGUAGGAGAUUUCCAUAUUUUAAGAAUUCUUACAAAUGACUCAAGAAUUGACAAAGGAGCUACAAACAAGGACAAAAAGACAUUUGUUGACAUAAUCCUAUCAAGCAAGGAACUACAGGAUACUGAAAUUGUAAGUUUUCUGGCACACAUACAAAAUAGAACUAUAUAUGAAUGCAUGGCUUACAUCAUCUAAUUAAUAUGCAUAUAUGAGAUAUAAUAUGACUCAGAUGUACAAUAGAGAAUAUCUGAUGGUAUACAUGAUACAUC